CGCGGCGCCAUUUUGCAGAGGGCGGCGGCGGCGGCGGUGGAGCGGGAAGCGGACCCGGCGCUGUUCAGCCCUGAGGACCCAACGCGGCGCUUCCAGGACCUGCGGGAGGCCCGCGACACGCGCACCAACGAGGUGGUGGCCGUCAAGAAGAUGUGCUACGGCGGGAAGCACGGCAACGAGAAGUGGGGCGACAUCGUGAGGGAGGUGAGGCUGCUGCAGAGCCUGAGGCACCCCCACACCGUGAGGGGAAGGGGAGCCUUCCUCAGGGGGCGCUGCGUCUGGAUCGCCAUGGAGUUCUGCGUGGGGUCGGCUGCUGAUCUGCUGCAGCCCCAGCAGCCUGCGCUGUCGGAGCCGGAGAUCGCGGCCAUCGUCCAUGGGGCGCUGCACGGCCUGGCCUACCUGCACCGCAUCCACGUCAUACACAGAGACGUGAAGGCCGCCAACGUCCUGCUGUCGCCGCGGGGCUGCGUCAAACUCAGCGACUUCGGCUCUGCGGCCCACAGCAGCACGGCCUGCAGCUUCGUGGGGACGCCCUACUGGAUGGCCCCGGAAGUGAUCCUGGCGAUGGACGAGGGUCGCUACGACGGCAGGGCCGACGUCUGGGCGCUGGGCAUCACCUGCAUCGAGCUGGCGGAGCGGAAGCCGCCCCUGUUUGCACUGAACGCCAUGGCGGCGCUGUACCACAUCGCACAGAGCUGCGCCCCACAGCUGCAGGGCGACGCAUGGUCGGAGCCGUUCCGCAGCUUCGUGCAGUGCUGCCUGCAGAGGGCGCCGCAGCGCCGGCCCCGAUCCGAGCUGCUGCUGCAGCACGAGUUCGUGGUGGCCGAGCGGCCGCAGGGCGUCAUGGCGGCUCUGAUCCGAAAGGCGCUGGGCGACGACGACGACGACGACGAGGAGGUCCAGCAGCAGCCGGAGGACCCGGAUCUGCCGCAGGAACACGCGACAACACGUGAAGGGAACACGGAACACGGGAUGGAUGUGGGUCACGUGACACAGAUGGGACACGCAGAGGAUGGAACACGGGAAGAACACGCGUGUGCGGAACACACAGCAGCACCCGUGGGAUGCACGGAGCACACAGGAACACGUGUGACACACGAAGAUCACGUGACCCACACCCCACACGUGACCCACAUGGGGCACACAGAGCACGGAACUGGCGCAGAACAUACAGAAACACGCAUGACACACGCAGAUCACGUGACAGACACGGAACACGGGCCACAUGUGGAACACACGGAGCACACGGGACACGUAACAUGUGAAGAACACGCAGCAGCAGGUGCAGAACAUACAGAAACACGCAUGACGGACACGGAACACGUGACACAUAUGGGGCACAAGGAACACGGAACACAUGGAGAACACGCAACAGCAUGUGCAGAACACGCAGGAACACGCGUGACGCAUGAAGAACACGUGACCCACACCCCACCCGUGACCCACAUGGAGCACACAGAACACGGAACACACGUAGAACACGCAGGAACACACAUGAUGCAUGCAGAUCACGUGACCCACACGGAGCACACAGAACAUGUAACACGUGUAGAACAUGCAGGAACACGCGUGACGCACGCAGAUCACGUGACCCACACCCCACACGUGACCACAGGCGUGGCGGAGCACACGAGCACACGCGUGUUCCCGUUGGAUCAUGUGACCCCACACCUGGCACACGCCAGCACACGCGUGUGGGUCCAUGUUGCGUGUGCUGCUCUGCUCUUCCUGCUGGCCCCACGGAUCGGCCUCGGCCUCGUGGGGCUGUGGGGCGGAGCCCAGCUGUGGGGCAGGGAGGAUCUAUGGGGCAGAGCACAGCUGUGGGGCGCGGAGAUGUGGGGCAGGGCUGCGCUGUGGGGCAGGGAGUCGCUAUGGGGCAGGGAGAUUCUAUGGGGCAAGGCCGUGCUGUGGGGCAGGGAGAUGUGGGGCAGGGCUCGCCUAUGGGGCUGGGAUUCGCUAUGGGGCAGGGCUCAGCUAUGGGGCAAGGCAGAUCAACGGGGCAGAGCGGAUCUAUGGGGCAGGGAGGCGCUGUGGGUCGCUGCGGGGCUGCUAUGGGGCGCCGUGGGGAUCCUGUGGGGCGCCGCGGGGCCGCUGUGGGGCUCCGUGGGGCUGCUAUGGGGCGCCGCGGGGGUCCUAUGGGGCGCAGUGGGGCCGCUAUGGGGCGCAGCGGGGCUUCUAUGGGGCGCCAUCGCAUUGCUAUGGGGCGCCGCGGGGCCGCUAUGGGGCAGCGCAGCACCGCUGUGGGGCGCAGUGGUGCCGCUAUGGGGCGCCGCGUUGCUGCUGUGGGGCAGAACGGGGCCGCUGUGGGGCGCAGCGGGGCUGCUGUGGGGCGCCGUCGCGCUGCUGUGGGGCGCGGCGCGGCCGCUGUGGGGCGCGCUGGAGGCGCUGUGGGGCGCCGUGGGGCCGCUAUGGGGCGCUGUGGGCGCUCUGUGGGUCCUGGCCGCCUUUCGGCCCCGCGCUUCCCCCGCUCUGCCCCACGGCGCCGCCGUGCUGCUGCCCGCCGCCAUGUUGUUGGCCGCCCCGUGUCUCUUCCUGCCGCUUUACCUCCUGGCGGCCGCCAUGAUGGGGCGCCGAGGGCCGGAAGUGUGGGCCGGCAGAGCGGAAGUGUGGACCGGCGGAGCGGAAGUGAGGGGGGAAGGUGGGGCGGAAGUGUGGCGCUCCGGCGAAAGAGUGGAAGUGCGGCGUGGAGGAGGGCCGGAAGUGGAGGACGGAGCACCGGAAGCGUGGCGCGGCGGCGGGUCGGAAGCGCGACAGAGAGUGGCGGAAGUGCGGGACGUAGCACCGGAAACGUGGAGCAGCAACGGGUCAGAAGCGCGACGCGGAACUCCGGAAGCGUGGCCCAGCGGCGUGCCGGAAGUGCAGGCGAUCGGACCGGAAAUGUGGCCGAAGAAGCCGGAAGUGUGGGGCGGAGCGCAACGCCUAUGGCUGCGGUUCCUCCUCCGCCUCCCGCCGCGCGUUUUCGCCGCUUUCUCCGCGCUCGGUUUCGCCUCGGAGCGCCGCCUUUUCCUCCUUUUCCCCCGGGCCAAACACGGCCCGGCCCGUUCCGCCCCUCGCCCCCCUUCCGCCCCACGCUUCCCCUCCCCGCAGCGCCUCCGUUCUCGCCUCCCCAUCCCCGCCGCCCCCCCCGGUUCUCCCCGGCCGCCUCCAGGGUUCAUCGCGCAGCUCCGAGCGCUGUUGUGGGGCGGAUUGGCCUCGCUGUGGGGCAGAAUCCCCCCGCUGUGGGGCACGGCGCUAUGGGGCAGGCUGAGCCCUCUAUGGGGCGGAUUCCUUCACUUAUGGGGCAAGCUGGUCCCGCUAUGGGGCGGAAUCCCCCCGCUAUGGGGCGGGCCGAGGCCGCUAUGGGGCAGAGGCGGCGGGAAGCGCCCCGCGUGGUUCUCCGCCCCCCGGCCUCCGUCCCGCAUCCCCCGCCUCGCCCCUCGCCGCCCCCCCGCCGCCCCCCGCCCCAUCGCGGCCGCCCCCAAACGGCCGCAAGACUCCAUCCGAAAGGGGCGGGGCUAA